GAAACAAAAACAAAAAAAGCAAGCUACGCGCACACGCAUUUGGGCUGCUUGCCUCCACCGCCGGUCCGAAAACUCGAGCGCCACGUCUGCACUGCAGCCUUCGCAGGGCGUAAUUAAUAUAUAUUAUAUGGAUCUACCCUGCAUAUAUGCGAUCGCUCGCUCUGCGCAUUGAGCACGGCGGCUUUCCACGUUUAAAUGCACCCGCUCGCCUUUCUAUUCUGCCUGGCCCGCUCGCUGGGCAUCCCGCUCGAGGCUGCAACCCUUAUGCUCUCAUCUGCUCGGAAGCAGCUCUCCAAUGAACUUGGCUGGACUGACUUCCGAACAGGCACGCACAAGAUCGGGCUCCGGCUUUUGUUUUUUAAUUUUAAAAAAGCGUCUCCUUCGGCCUCCCCCACCUCGAGCGCAAAAUGACACCAUCGCGCAGAGAAAAAACGCUGCAGCGACGCCAAUUUGCAAACCAGGAGGAGCUCUCCUUCCCGAUUACAAAUCUGCAAUCUCUGCAUCCACCUGCAAUCCUGCCCACUUGGGCCAUCCUUCCCCAAACGAAUAGCUACCAUCGCUCUGCCUAGAUGGGGAUGCGGGAGGAGACCUUCAGCUCCGGGGAUUAAAGCGGCUCCGCGCCGUCGUGCCACCUCCCGAAAGACCUACAUGGGGAAGGCGGAGGAGGCAAAGCGGGCCAGCAGCGCAAGCGGGACACAUCCCGCGCCGCCCGCGCGUCCGCCGGAAGGAGGCGAGGCGAGACAGAGGCUGGAGCAGCCCCGGGCCGCGCCCCUCUCGGCUCCCGUGACGUCGAACAAUGCCAGUGCCACGCAGCCCCGGCGAGCAGCGAGGCAGAUCCCGCAGCCGCGAUCUCGUGCUCCAGCAGCUAUGCACUUCGCCGCGGGGAUCUGUUUCUUCCUCCAGGCUUUCGCCCUCGUAACCCUCCGGGCGGACGGGCAGAAGAAGGAGGAGGGCGCCUCCGACGACGAAGUUCAAAUGGAAGUCGUGCACGUCCCCGAAAACUGCCAUCCGAAGAGCAAGAAGGGGGACCUGCUGAAUGCCCAUUACGACGGGUACCUGGCCGGGGAGAAGUCCAAGUUCUAUUGCAGGUAAGGCAAUCCCAAGCUUGCCCACGCCGCCGGAUAUAUAAAACACAAGGAAGCGGUACUUUGAACGCAAAAAUAAAGGUUUGGCAACCUGAAUGUUGGGUUCCAAAGUCAAUGUGAGUUGUGCCGUGCAAUUUAGGAAGUAAAACUUAAUGUCUUUAUGGGAGGGGGGGUGUUAUUCCAGCCUUGUACAAUAUCUUUCCUUGAUCAUCCGAAAAUCAAAGAUGCUUUCAGAAUCGCUUGAUAACAUGUAUGCAUAUGUUUUACAUGUGCAGUACAGUAUGUAUGGGUCAGAGGGCCACCCCCAUUAUUUUCUUAAGGCAUGUGGAGAGUGGGUCAUAGGCCCUAGUGGGUCAAAGGCCCCUAGAUGUAUUCUAUCUAGGCACGCACGCACUAUGGCCCAUCAUUUGGAAAAUAAAACUGUAACUUUGGUUUAAGAAGGAAUUUGGAUCCUAGCUUAUAUGUGUGUGCAGUGUUAGAAACUCAGAUAUACAGGGUGAGUCCUUUAAAAGAGGCUCUGUGGAUACAGAGUACACAUAUUCCACGGGGCCUCUUUUAAGAGACUCGCCCUGUAUAAGCUAGGUGCCAAAUGCCUCCUUAAACCAAGGUUACAGUUGCCAAAAUGCCAUUUCUUGUGAUGUGGGUGGUGCUGUGGUCUAAACGACUGAUCCUCUUGGGCUUGCUGAUUUAAGGUUGGCGGUUUGAAUCUGCUUGACGGACUGAGCUCCUGUCGCUCUGCCCCAGCUCCUGCCCCAACCUAGGAGUUCAAAAGCAUGCCAGUGCAAAUAGGUACCGCCACAGCAGGAAGGUAAACAGCGUUUCUGUGCACUCUGGUUUCCGUCACAGAGUCCCUUUGCGCCAGUAGUGGUUUAGUCAUGCUGGCCCCAUGACCCAGAAAGCUGUCUGUGGACAAACACUGGUUCCCUCGGCCUGAAAAGCAAGAUGAGCGCCGCAACCCCAUAGUCGCUUUUGACUGGACUUAACUGCCCAGGGGUCCUUUACCUUUUUACCUAAAGUCUUAUUUUUCAAAUGAUGGACUGACUGAUUAAACGAUGGACUGGCCAGUUAAACUUCUGGCUAGUUCAGAUGACAACCUUGAGCUGGGUUAAAAACUCUGAGAACUUAAUGAAGAAAAUCACUUUAUCCAGGGAUAGCCCAGAUAAAUUGGCCUAUUCCGACCUCUUUUUCUUAAUGGUGACACAGGCCAUUCAUAACGUAAGAAUAUCCUUCACAGCUGUGAGCACGGCAAUUCGGUGGCUUUAAAGACAAGCUACAACAGUUAGCUAUAACAUUGUUCACCGCUCCUGCUGUACAGAAAAAGCAUUUUUGUUCCUGAAAUUCAUUCUGAUUGUGUAAAUAAAAUAUAACAGAUAUAAUUCUACAGGAUGUGGUAUUAGUGUGUGAAAACAGUCCAGAUCUUAGAAUCGCCAGGCAUUUAAGUACUAAUAAAUAUUCACCAAAAAUGAUAUGCUUAUAUACUGAACUUGUUUCUUAAACCUGUAAAAUAUUGAAUGUCUCUCUCUCUCUCUCUUUUUAAUAUUUCUUUGUAGUCGAACACAAAACAACGGCCACCCAAAAUGGUUUGUCCUUGGUGUCGGACAAGUAAUUAAAGGUUUAGAUAUUGCAAUGCUGAAUAUGUGUCCUGGAGAGAAACGGAAAGUGAUCAUACCUCCAUCACUUGCCUAUGGGAAACAAGGAUAUGGUAAAGCAAGGCUGCAUGUUAAGGCGAAUAGCCAUUCUCUCUACUUUAGCUGUAUUGCUUUAGCCUAUAGAGAAGGAACUGGGAUCUAUCUAUCUAUCUAUCUAUCUAUCCCAUUUCCAGCCUCUUCCCUACAUGUUACUUAUUCAUUGGCAUUUUGUAAUGGUUGUAACCAUUCCAUACUGGUUUUGUUGCUUCUGUACCUAGCUUUAUGGUUCAGUUCAAGCAUGUUGCCAAACCAUUGCUUGUUUGAUGACCAGAAGUAGCCCCACAGGUUUGUUUAUAGCCUCCUUUUCCUCUCCUCUUAACCUUCAGGUUUCUUCCUUCGCUUUCAGCAUUUUCCUGACCCUAGUUUGUCCUGAUGUUGAAAUUGGCAACCUUUGGUUAGUACCUUGCCUUCAUGAAACCACUGCUUGGAUUGAGUUUCUAAAUCCUGGUUAGCACUAUCCAUAGUUUGUCAGUUUGAACAUCAUAGUGAAUUAGUAAAAUCCAGGAACUGAGGAAGGGAACCCCGUGUGCAAGAAGGGAACAUUAAAGCCUGCAGGGCUCUCCCAGUCCCUGCAAUGGUUUGGCUUUAUGUCUGAACUGAUCUUAAUUUUAGGCCCAUACCAGAGUGAUGUUGAUCACUUAUCUUCCCAGUCAGAGUGAUGUUGACUAAGCCUUCACCAUGACUCCAGUCCAGCUAAACUUAGUUGGAACUUGAGAUAAUUGUGACUGACUUGUCCAAUGGGACUUAAUCCCAUCUAACGUUAUUGGGCUGAAACCUUUACCUUUUGAAUCUUAGCUGGAACUGGUGAAUCUUUAAAUAUCCAGGUGCCCAGCUUUGACCUCAUUGUGAUUUGACAUCUGACAUGCACAACAUCUCUGUAGGCCAACUUGUGAUUCAAAGUCUGCUGAAGCGAGUGAUAGAUUUGGCCAUCAUACCUCAACCAGAUUUAACAUACCUUGAUUUCUCAAUAGGUAUUCUCAACGUGCAAAGAUGCAUUGCUUGUUUGCUGAAUACUAACUGUCACUAUCUUUUUUAGGCUGAACUUUUGAAGGAGGCCUUUCUUCCCACGUACAGCACUCUUAUAUUCUUUCAGAGUAUUGUUUGUGCAUGCUGAGCAAGAUGGCAAUAGUUUUAAAUGUCAAGAAUGCAUGUGGCUUUCUAGAACUUUUCACGGGUUUUCCUGUGGUAUGUAUUACUCUCAAAACUGCUUGCGCUUAAAUGUUUUUUCUUUUUUUUAGUUUAGCUACUAACUCUAGAAACCGAGCAGUUGUGUUGCUGCAGCGUGUGUGAGGAUUUCUACUAAACAAUUUUCAAGGGGGGAAAGGUAUCUGGGCCCAGCACGGGGAAACUUGUGACCUAUUGGACACACCAGGCCAGAUACAUAGAAUGAUCACCCAUACACAGAGAUUCAAUUAAGUCUCCUAUUGUUGCUUCCUGAGACAUUUACACAAGGAACGUGUCUUAUCAACCUGACAGGCUGGUGAGCUCCGUUCAGUGUAGGGGAUCACACUGUCUUAGCCUCUACAUAAAAGUUUAUAAUUUCAUUUUUAUUUAUUGUGAGUUCUGUAUAUGUCAUUUGAUCUGCCUUUGUUCUCGGAGAGGAUAUCUGUUGCAACAUUUAGCUUUCAGUGCAGUAUGUGGAAACUCAAAAAUAAAUUAUAGGACCAUCGGCAGCUGCCUUAUACACUGAGGCAGAUCAAUGUCCCAUCUAACCCAGUAUUAUCUUCAUUGACUGACAGCAACUUUGAAGGGUUUCAAGUUGGAUACCUUCCCAGCCCUACCUGGACAUGCCAGUGAUUGAACCUACGACCUGCAUGAAAAGCAUGUCACUCUAGCACUAAUCUUCUGUCUGAACUGCCAUACUUUUAGUCUUCAUCAUUUUAGAUGAGUUCCCAAAUUCUGUAUUUGGCAGCUGCAGGUGCAUGGCUUGCAAAAUACUUGUUUCGGACUGACUUUGGAAGCUUUCUCCUUCAUUACUGGUACCUGUCUGCCAUUAUCAGUAUGCUUUCUUUCUCAAAAGCUGCUAAACUUUGGUACAGUGGUACCUUGGUUUACGAACUUAAUCCAUUCCAGAAGUCCGUUCUUAAACCAAAGCUGUUCUUAAACUGAAGCACGCUUUCCCUAAUGAGGCCUCCUGCCACCAGUGCCCUUCCACCGUUCAGCUUCCAUUCGUAGACCGAGGUAAAGUUUGCUAACUGCAACACUACUUCCGAUUUUGCGGAGUUCGUAUACCGAAUAGUUCGUAAACGGGGCUGUUCUUAAACCGAGGUACCACUAUAUCCCUUUUGAUACAGGAAGAUAUUGUAUCAAACCAGAAGAUAAACAUGGAUUUCCUUUGAAGCCCAUUUUCCUCCUUGAGGUGGAGAAACUUUUAUCCCUGAAAUCUUAACCUUGCCUACUCCAAAAAUCGUAUUUCAAGUUAUGGUUUUUUUUAGUGGAAUGGCUGUUCAUGCUUGACUACAUAGCCAUUUCAUAUUUAUCAAGUAGCUUUCUGACAUUCAUGAGAAAAGUGCUGGCGUUAGUCCAAUGUGGGGGCCCCUGAGUGAACAAGAGGGAUGAAGUUCUCCCUGUGGUCUUCCCUGAAGCCUCGCCCACCAAAGACCAAUUGGCAAUGCCGAUGGACAAAGGCAGGGCCUAGGCCAGGGGUAGGCAACCUAAGGCCCGGGGGCCGGAUGUGGCCCAAUCACCUUCUCAAUCCGGCCCGCGGACGGUCUGGGAAUCAGUGUGUUUUUAAAUGAGUAGAAUGUGCCCUUUUAUUUAAAAUGCAUCUCUGGGUUAUUUGUGGGGCAUAGGAAUUCGUUCAUUCUCUCCACCACCCCCCCCCCCCCCGAUAGAUAGAUAGAUAGAUAGAUAGAUAGAUAGAUAGAUAGAUAGAUAGUCCGGCCCACCACCGGUCUGAAGGAUGGUGGACCGGCCCACGGCUGAAAAAGGUUGCUGACCCCUGCCCAUGGCCAUUGACUUGCCAUCCCCCAUCCCAGCCAUUACUGAUGGCUGAAGCACAGACCACAUUUUCCAAGCAGCUUUCUGAAAAUGACAAAACGAAUCUGGUGGAACUGUUGUUGUUGUUUUUUGCAAGUAAGCAGUUUACUAGUUUAGAAUGGCUUGCCAAUAUACUUAGGGCACAAUCCACGUGGGAAUACACCCCAAAAAAGAGUGUGUAUAAGGGAACAUCCAGUUGUAUUUUGCCCCUAAUAAUCAGGAGGGCUGCCUCAAAUUCAGAGUAGUUGAACAAAGCGAAGUAUUUAAAAAACAAGUGUUUAUACCAGAGUCCAUAAUUUACACAUUUCCAAAUAACCAUAAAAAAUACUCCAGUUUGUGGUUAAGAUUAUCUGUCAGAUGUGUGUGCACAGUUCCCAAAAUGGUCUUGUUACAUUUUUAGAACCUGCAAAGAUUCCACCUAACGCAACACUGAUCUUUGAGAUUGAACUGUACGCAGUAACGCAAGGACCCCGCAGUGUUGAAGCAUUUUCUCAAAUGGACCUGGAUAGUGACAAAAAACUCUCAAAACAUGAGGUAACACAGGUCAUAUUCUGAUGUUCCCCGUUAUAGCAUCUAAACCUAAAUUAACACCAUUUUCAAUACGUAACAAAUCUGUCGAUUGUUGUUCCUUUAGAUAGACCAUUACCUGAAGAAGGAAUUUGAAAGAGAUGGCAAGAAACGCGACCCUUCCGUUCAUCAAGAUGUCUUGCUUGAUAUAUUUAAAAAGAAUGACCAUGACGGAGACGGCUUCAUAUCUGCCAAGGAAUAUAACGUCUACCAACACGAUGAACUAUAACAGAUCAUUGCUUAAAAGUCUGUGUGGCAGGAAUGGGGAAUCUGCAGCCCUGCCAAUGUUGUUGGACUUCUCCUCCCAUCAGCCCAAAUCAGCUUGGCCAAUGAUCAGGGAUGAGAGGGGAUGCAGUCCAACAGCAGCUAGAAGGCCACAGGUUCCCCAUCCCUGUCUGUUUUAUGGACAUUUGGAUCCCAGUUCGGCAGUUCCUCCCAUGCGCACAUGGAGCUUUCACAAGGACUUCCCCAUGCCCUUCAGUGGAGGGGACAAGGCUUUGUUCACAGCGUUACCCACUGCAUUGAAGGUAGUAGGAAAUUCUACUAGUGAAGCCCCAAAUACACAUUGAAGUGAAGAUGUACCUGUGGAGCUGUCACUACAUUUGUAACCAAGUACACAGCUUUUUGUGAUUACACUCUUCAGCCCUGUUUGAUUUCCCUGGGAUUUGUCCAUUAGAUUAAUGGCUUUAACCAAAAUGGAAUUUCUUUGUCACAUAAUAUUUCGUGUAUGUUGGUUGUGGGAAAUUUUUUAUACCUUUUUAUCAUGAUUAAAAAUGUUACUGAAAUGAUAGGGGUGGCUCCACAUUCCUUGUAAUUCUUAUGAAAUAAUCUGAAUUAAAGUUGUAAGAGUUAACGGGGAAUUUACAGCUAUGCCAAAUAUAGUGUUGUUGCUGAUGAAGUAAUUUCCCCUUUUUUUGUGUGUUUUCUCCAAAUUGCCCCCCACCCCUGUGGCAUCUUUACUCCCCUCAUGGUUAACAUUCAUUCUGAAAAUCUGUGGGAGCCAUUUUUGGAGCAGAUCCAGAGUUGCCGUAAUGGCACUGAAGCUCAGUUGCACAUUUUCACUUAAUGGCCUGAUUCACACAUAAUGCUAGCCCAUGGUUUGUUUAGCCAAAGUAUGGCUUAUUGCAGUGUCCAAAAAUUAGCCAAGUAGACUAAGCAUGUGGGGUUUUUUGUCUGCUUUUUUGGCAACAAACCAGCAUGAAACCAUAGUUUUGGCUUAUGAACUGUGGCUUGUUUUAUCUGUGAUUUAGUAUUCUGUCUGAACCAUCUCUUUUUUUAGCCACCCCACCCAGAUACUACAACAUUUGGGGCUCUUAGUUUGGAGAAAAAGGCGCAUAAGAGAAGAUAGUAAGAGAUGUAUAAAAUUUGUACACUCAUGAGGCAGUGAGAGUGCCAACCUGGAUGGCUUUAAAAGAGGUUGACAAAUUAUCCGCCGCCACCACCGCCAUGUCCUCCAGCAUAUGGAGAAAGUAAAGUGUGUCAUCUGUGUGGAAAUAGCUAUGUACAAGCUAGGUACUGUAUUACUGAUUAAAUGCACAACUCUUGGACAACUUAAAUGCCAGUUAGUUCUCCCCCACCGUGUUUAUAUCAAAAACCAAACAGCACUAGAGUCAAGAAAGAAUCCAGGGCUCAGUGGGUGUGCUAUAUUCGGAUCUAAAGAGAAUCAGGUGUUUAAUCCCUUCUAUUUUUACAAAUGCAUUGGUAGAUAAAUAUGUAGCAGAAAUUCUAGACAACCCCAGCAGUGCCAAUUUUAACAUGCGGUUUUAAACACAGUGGCAGAUACUGCCACCUAAUGGCUAGAUCUCAAUGAUAAUAGUAUUGCAUACGUACAUCAGAUAUGUAAUUGACUCGUUUAUUCCAAAAUUAUAUAGCUUUGUUACAAAAAAUAUUGUCAAAUACAUCAAAAGGCACCAAAUAACAGCAAGUCUAACAUUUAAAAAAUACUGAACUUGCUCUAUAUUAAUGAUAAAUAUGGACUAAAUGGGAGACAGAUGUAAUUGGGGGUGACAUUGGCAAAUUUUAAUGGAAACAUGUCAUACUAAGAUUCAAUUCACUUUUUAUUUCUCUGUUUAACCAGAGCAAAGACAAACAUGUUCGUAAUCUGAUAUUUCAAUUAAAUAUUUAUGUCAUUAAUAAAUAAUUCGUAUCAUUUCAUUACU